CCCCCCUACGCACAACGGCAACGACACUUCCAUCCACACCUGCUUGCUGUCCGUCCGAAGAAGCUCAGUAGCUUUGGUCCCAUCGCACCACCAUGAAACUUGCCAUGUGCCUCACUCUUGUCCCUCUCGCCGCCGAGGCUGCUCUUCCAUCGAACGGCUGGUUUGGUGGACGUGGACUUGCCCUGGUCGUCAAGGGUGGGGACCAAAAGUUCACGUAUGCCACCAAGGACGGCGGCAGCGACAGCGCGUCCUUCUACGGAGAGGCCCCGAAGGGCGGGUCGUUCUUGAGGGAAAUCGCCGACUCCUUCAGGAACAUUGUCAAGGACACCGAGGAAAAAUGCAAGAAGGAAACUGUUGUCGCACCAACCAAGGAGGACCAUUUCCACGUCGGCCCUUUCUGGGAGAGCAAGCUCUUCAAGGAGGGCGGGCUAGGGUUCCUCUUCGGGCUUGGCACGGGUGUCUGCGUGCGAAAGGUCAACCACAACGCCGCGUAUGCCGUGAGCGGUGCUCUCGUAGCCGCGCAGUACGUGUCUCGCACUGACAUCCUAGGUUUUGGUGGCAAGCUGGGUUGGCCCAAGCUGGACGACUACAAGCUAAGGGACUGCGAGCGCGAGAACUUCGACUUCAUCUGGCGCACCGGCCGCACCUUCAAGCACACCGUCCAGGAAUCCCUGGAAACAUGCGAGGGAUACGUGAUCGGGUUGGCCGCGGGCCUCAAGGCACCUCUUCCCUAAUGAGGUUUUCCUGUCGUCGCGCGGUUUCCACAACACCUUCGUAGGCCUUUAAGGCUCAGGAGCCUAGAUUUUUUCGCUAACGCCGCAUGGACAUCGCGUACAGGGCACUUGGUGCACGAACGGCAAGGGUCGGUGUCCUUGGAGCUGAGUGGCCCCCAUUAGGGUUGAUGACCCCCCAUCAGGCCCGAACAGACCCCUCCGUGAUGAGCCAUCCGCUCCUCGUUCCUGAACAGCAGCGCAGAGCUGGUCUGCUCCACAGUAAGUAGUGUUCUCCUGUAGUCAAGACAUGUGUAGAUUUUACGUAAAAGUAUGCUUGAUGAUUGUAUGAAAGGGCGCGGCACUGCAGCGCAACGUUCUCCUCGGACUUGCUGGUAUGCGGUUUCGAGCAACCUUCACCGCUUGCCUAACGCUCGCGGGCGAUUUUUCUUGUCUAGCCUGCUUGGGGACUCGUAGACACUCGCCAGGACAUUCAAGAGUGGUCGAAUUGUAGAUGUGGUGUGGAGUGAAAGCAAGCGUGCAAGUAAUAUAGAAGUAAAUAGAUGUAGAGCUUAGGGUACCAACGGAGUGGCGUCACCACCACCUAUUCUUCGUGCCAAUAUAUGCAUGCCGACCACAGGGAUGGACUCCACAUGUGGUGAAAAGGGGAUUUUUUCUUUGAACUUUCGACCGCUACUGUCUGCGUACGCCUUGGCCGGCUGGGAAUCGGUUGAUUGAGUAUCAGAAGAACUUUUGAUACAAAAGCCUCCAGUGGCCAUCCUCGUCAGUGUG